CUUCAUCAAGAUUUGCUGGGUCACUGCCAUCGGGGAUCAACCUCUCGGACAUAGCUCUGGGCGUCUGGAUCGUGUUCAAAAUGUCUAGAGCAGCCGUAAAGACCGGUAAAAGGCAAUUUCUGGAUCGUUGUUAAACAUGGCAAGCGAUCCCGUCCCUGUGGACCGUCGUGAUCGUCCACCAUCCGGUGCUGGGAGCUCGCUGAUGCGCCAGUUAUCAAAGCUAGGCUUGGGAGAAAAGGACAAGGUAAAAAGGGUUAGCGCUGAAUCUCAUGCAGCAGACUCGGAAAACGCGAAUGCAACCUCCAGCGCCUCGGAGAGUGUAAAACAGCACAGGAGCGAUCAGAUGGAAAGGUCAUUGUCGUCCAAACGAAAGAGCAUGUUUGCUUCUUUUCCGGUUACGCCGUCAAAUCCUUCUUCUACGCGAUCAAGGGCCACAACUACAUCUGAUAGGCAUGGCAAGAACAUGAGUGUUAAGCCAAUCUGGCUCGAUUGCGACCCAGGGCACGACGACGCCAUCGCGCUCUUGCUCGCAUGUCAUCACCCACGGAUCAAGCUUCUCGGAGUGAGCACCGUCGCAGGGAACGCGCCAGGGGCGCUGACGUUCAUCAAUGCAGCCCGCCUUCUCGUGGCUUUCGGAAAUGUCAAAGGCGAUCAGAAAGAGUGUACGAAUGGAGGAGAUGUGCCGCUGCUUCGAGGCGCGGACGAACCCCUCGUCAGCGAGAAGCGAAAAGAUGCUGCUAUCCACGGUGAAGACGGGCUCGGCGGCGUCCUCGGAUUACCCGAUUUCGACUCUUCCGCUGUGCGACGCCGCAUGUGGUCAUCCCAUGGAGGCGCGCCUUCAUCAGCCUCCUCCUCCCCACCUCUGCCAUUUCCGUCUCCUGCACUGGUUGCCAACACACUCUCAUCUCUACUGACCCAAAGACGAGCACUUUGCCUCCCACCACUGACUAUAUGCGUCACCGGUCCCUGUACAAACAUCGCGCUUUUCCUCAAGCUCUACUCGCACCUCGCCACGAGGGAAUACAUCGAGCAGGUCGUCGUAAUGGGCGGUUCGGCAGGUGCAAGCGGGAACAGAGGCCAGCUUGCAGAGUUCAAUUUUCUUGUCGACCCAGAGGCGGCACGUAUUGUCUGCGACGCGCCACUCAAGGUUGUCAUGGCUGGUUUAAAUGUGACGCACCAGGCGAUUUUCACUCCUGAGAUCCACGAUAGGCUACUGCAACGCACCAAACCCUCUGCUUCUCAACCAUCGCCAACGUUCAGCCGGUCGAGCAGUCAGCCGUCCAACAGCACCAUGUCCAAGACGGCAUUGCUUCCGCCCGCGUCGCCAUCCGCAGGUUCGUCGAGGCUGAACACUAAUCAGCUGCUGCAUCCUGGAACCCCAGCGUCUGGUCUGAGCAAUAUCCGCAAGCUCGUUAGCUCGGCCAUGACAUUCUUCGCCAGCACCUAUGCGCAUGAAUUUGGAUUCGUGCAUGGCCCUCCGAUACAUGACAUGCUCGUCGUGGCGUACGUGAUUGAACCGCGGCUGUUCUACACUUGCUCGCCGCCUACGACGGGGAUGGGUCCGAUCGGGAUGUCGAUGCACCGGAGUCUGAACAGGGCAAACGUCAACGAUUCGUUGAAACGGAGGAAGAAAAAGGACACGAGGGCGCACCCCAACGAAGGGACCGCUCUUGCCGUCAACACUGUCUCGUCUGCAACAGAAGCGGACGCAAAUGCGAACGCAGACAAGCCAGAAACGAAUGGGAACAGCCUCGCCAAUGGGCACGUAAGAGCGUAUGCGGACCCAGCGCGUGUUUUGCCACCCAAGCGCUACGCGGUGCGCAUUGACACGGCCGAUACCAGCCUGGCGGUCGGCGCGAGCGUGGUGGACUUUUACAAUCAAUGGGGUCUACCGUCCGAGGCGCCUGGAGAUGCCGACGGCAAUGGAUCAUCGUGGGGCAGAGGAGGCAGGAACGUUGAGGUGCUGGAAGAAGUGGACACAUCUGGGCUUUGGAACCUUCUGCUCGAAGUUGUCGAUCGUGCUGAGGCGGCGCUGGCGUGAGGUAUAGAUUCGCGCAAUCCCGAUUAGACAUAGAAAGGCA